AUGUAUUUGAGAGAUGGUUGUUCCUUACUAUUGAAACUUCGCAAAUCGCCAAUCCCAUUUGUUCUAACCACAAACCCAAUUUCAAAUCCUGACAAACCCAGCCUCAAUCCCUCUCCAAUUCCAGAAUCCCAAGUUUUACAAGUACUGAAACAUGAACCUGACAUUGUUUCAUCACUUGAAUACUUCACAUCCUUAGCAAAUUCAGGAACUUUCAAACACACCCAUUCAACAUACAAAAUCAUGAUUGAAAAGCUUGGAAGAAACAAUGAAAUGGAUGCUGUUCAGUAUCUUCUGCAACAGAUGAAGGUAGAAAGUGUACCUUGUUCUGAAGAGUUGUUCAUUUGUGUGAUGGAUUCGUAUAGAAGAGCAAGGUUGGGUGAACAAGGUUUGAAAAUGUUUUAUAGGAUUAGGGAAUUUGGGUGUAAGCCUAGUGUUAAGAUAUAUAAUCAUCUUUUGGAUGCUUUGCUUGGUGAAAAACUGUUUAAGAUGAUUAGUCCUCUUUAUAAUAACAUGAAAGGUGAAGGAUUGGAACCAAAUGUUUUUACGUAUAAUAUUCUUCUUAAGGCGCUAUGUAAAAAUGGGAAGGUUGAUGGUGCAUGCAAGCUGCUUGAGGAAAUGUCUAAUAAGGGUUGUCCUCCUGAUGAUAUUAGCUACACGACUAUAAUCUCGUCUAUGUGUAAAUCGGGUGAAGUGGAUAAAGCGAAAGAGCUAGCUAUGAGAUUUGAACCCGUGGUGCCGGUUUAUAAUGCUUUGAUUCAUGGAGUGUGCAAGGGAUAUAGGAUUAAGGAGGCGUUUGAUUUGAUGAAUCAGAUGGUGGAUAAAGGGGUUGACCCAAAUGUUAUUAGUUACUCGACGGUUAUUAGUUGCCUUUCUGAUAUGGGGAACGUUGACUUGUCGCUUGCAGUGUUUGCGCAAAUGUUUGUGAGAGGAUGCAGUGCUAAUGUUCAUACAUUUACUUCUUUGAUAAAAGGUUAUUUUGUGCAAGGGAGACUCGGUGAGGCUCUUGGUUUCUGGAAUCUCAUGAUUCGAGAGGGAGUUAAGCCAAAUGUAGUCUCGUACAACACUCUUAUACACGGUCUUUGCUCCAAUGGAAGGAUGGACGAGGUAGUAUCAGUAUGGAAUCAUAUGGAGAAAGAUUUUGUCUGUCCAAACGUGACCACAUAUAGCACUAUCAUUCACGGCUUUGCGAAAUCGGGGGAUUUGAUUAGCGCUUGUGAAAUAUGGAACAAGAUGAUAAAUCGUGGUUGUCGUCCAAACGUUGUGGCGUACACCUGCAUGGUGGAUAUCCUUUGUCAGAUGUCUAUGUUCGAUCAAGCUUUUGAUCUUAUUGAUAAUAUGAUUUCCGAUGGUUGUCCUCCAACUGUUGUUACAUUCAACAACUUUAUCAAGGGCUUAUGUCGUGGCGGAAGAGUAGAAUGGGCGAUGAGUGUGCUUGAUCAGAUGGAGAAAUAUGAAUGUUUUCCUAAUAUCAGAACAUAUAAUGAGUUAUUGGAUGGUCUCUUUAAGGCGAGCGCAUUCAGAGAGGCUUGUGAACUUAUAAGAGAGUUGGAAGAAAGGAAUGUGGAGUUGAAUUGUGUCACUUACAACACUAUCAUGUAUGGUUUAUCUUUUCAAGGAAUGCAUCAACAAGUUUUGCAGCUUUUGGGGAAAAUGUUGGUAAAUGGAGUAAAGCCAGAUGACAUUACGGUGAACAUAGCUAUUAAUGCAUAUUGUAAGUUGGGUAAGGUUAGAACAGCUAUCAAGGUUUUGGAUACUAUGACAGCUGAAAAGAAAUUUUGUGCAGACAUAAUAACACAUACUAUUAUUUUGUGGGGUAUCUGUAAUUGGUUAGGCACCGAAGAGGCUAGUGUAUAUCUUCAUGAAAUGUUGAAUAAAGGAAUCUUUCCCAAUAUUGCCACUUGGAAUGUGUUGGUUCGAGGCUUCUUUAAUAACUUGGGUCAUAUAGGACCAAUCCGCAUUUUGGAUGAUAUAUUGGGAACUCGAUAA